AGGUGCCAGACAAGAGAACCGGAGUUCUCACCGAUUAUUGCUAGGUGACGGGAAAAACGUAAGACGAGGAAGAGGAAGUGCGUCGCCUGAUUGAGAAAUUAACUCGUCAAGCUUAGGCCUUUAGGUAGCAGAGCUGUGUGCGCAAAACACAUGGGUACGACGACCACCUAUUUACCCGGCUUAGCCUGGGUUGGUGGUCGACUUGAAAAGAACGUAGCCGUUACCGUGUGUAACACGUCGGGAAAAAUCUUGAAAGUAACCCAGGAGAAACAACCCAAAGUAAACGGAAAUAUAGGGCCCGAUGGUGAUAAAGUGCAGUUGCCGAAUGCGAUCCUGUUGCCGGGAUUCGUCAACUGUCACUCGCACGCUUUUCAGCGUGGUCUUCGCGGCAAAGGGGAGGAGGGAGAUGGUGACUUUUGGACCUGGCGGCAGCAAAUGCACCGCUUAGUAACGACUCUGAACGAUGAAGAUUUCGAGGCGCAUUGUACUUAAGGCUGAUCUGAUGUAUGCUUCAGCAAGUAGCUGUGAAUAGCUUCCGUAUGAUCUUCCUUGCAAGUCGGAAACGUUGUAGUACUGCAUCAUAUUGUGAUGUUGAGCAAUGAUGAAUGCGUUGAUGGACAAGUCUGCCCCUUCUUAGUUGUACACGCCAGUCUGUAGUUAGAUCUCUAAGGCGUUCAGUGUUUCACCGAGAUGCGAGAUGCGGGUGUGACGACAGUAGGCGAGUUUCACUACUUCCAUCACGGAGAGAAAGAUGCUCUGCAUAAGUAUGACGAGAUUAUCUUACGAGCGGCUGCCACAGCGGGUAUUCGGAUCGUUCUACUAUCGGCGUUUUACGCUAGAGGUGGUGUGGAAAUUCCGGAACUGAAUGCGGGGCAGCAGCGUUUCCGAACACCAGGAGUGGAUAAGUUCAUGUAUGAGCAAAGACAGACCUGUUCCGUCGACUCAGUAGCUGCCAAAAAUUCUAAUUCAUUUGUAGUGUACUUGAGCGACUAUCUAGAGCGAUUUUAGUUCCCCUAGAAGCAGCCCUUUGAAUUACAACUGCUCUGAUUCAUUGACUAGAGAGCCUGGUCGCGGCAGAUCGUGUGUGCGCGCAAAACAACAAGAGUGCGGGGAUAGAGAAGCUACAGACAGUGGGUGUCGUUGCCCAUUCGAUCCGUGCGUUGACUGUGGAGGACUUAGGUCUCCUAGUAAAGCAUGCGCAAACCGAGCAGCGUGUCUUUCACAUGCACGUAGAGGAGCAGCGCGCUGAGAUCGAACAGUGUCUCAAGGGAAACAAAGGAUGCACGCCGCUCCGCUGCCUGCUGGAUGCCGGUGUUCCGGACAUGUCCAACUGCACAUUAGUCCAUUGCACCCAUUCAAACGAGAAAGACAUGCGCGACUACAUGGAAGGACGAGGCGGAAACGUCUGCGUGUGUCCGCUCACGGAGGGGAGUUUGGCAGAUGGCUUACCACGAUGGCUAGUUCGCAAAGACCAAGUACUUACAGGCUGAUGAUUGUUGAUGAUCAUCUUGGUCCUUGCUUCCACCUGCUACCAUAUUCUGUUCUUGAUUGGAUCUGACGCAGAAUUGUAACACUAUGAGCCAUGAAAAAGAACAAAUGCAUUCCUCUUUUUUCCUAGGUUGUCGUCGGUAGCGACUCGAACCUGCGCAUUGACCUGUUGGAGGAAGCGAGGUGGCUAGAGUAUGGCCAAAGAUUGUGGACGGAGCGCCGUGGUCACUUCUCUGUGGUGGACUUGGUCAACGUUCUGACUGUCAACGGAGCUCGUUCAAUGGGUCUCCCAAUCGGACGCAUCUCAGAGGGAUGCUAUGGCGACUUCACGAUGAUCGAUAUGCGCGCACCGGUUCUGCAGAACAUCGACACACUGAAAGCUGAAGAAUUUCUGGCGGCGGCACUCUAUGCAGCGGCCGGAUCCGAAGUCAUUUGUGGCACAGCAGUCGGCGGUCGAUGGCGACCGCGCCCCAUUUUCCUUCCACGCGCUUUGGUUCCAGACGGUUUGACUGUAAUGCCUUCCACAGCUACAAGUACCGGCUUCGGCGGUCACAGGGACAGGGGUCCUUUUGGGAGUGGUUGGAACUGCGAUCUGUGCUGGCGCCGCGAAGACCUGUCGACGCAGACAGAGAUUUGUGCACCCGUUUCAAGCGGGCCAGCAGGAUCUGUGACAUCAGCGUCCGGCAAUGGUGCUGCAGUUGAGAAGCCGUUGCCUGCCGCGUUCCUGGCUCUUCUGAAACAGGCUAGUCCGGACGUGCUUGCGUUGGCACGAGUGCUGAUAGAUAUCGACUCCGUGUCCGGAACUGAGAUCCCGAUGGCACGUGCGCUGGAAACGUGGUUCCAAGCACAUGGAUAUGAAGUGCAGUUGCAACCUGUAGAACCAGAGACGGGAAAACAGGGCCUCGGAUCGCGGUUUAACGUCCUCGCAUGGCCGAAGGUAAACACAAUCUGAAUCUUGUCAAUGUUACUUGCCUAUGAUGUAAACUAAAACAUACGUCGACAGUAACAGAUCGCAGUACCAUGGUUCUACUUUGUUCCCUCAGUCACAAAUCUUCAUCGCGAAUUACUUACAGGGCACGCAGCCAUCUUCAUUACCUCUGCUGUUCAACACGCAUCUUGACGUUGUGCCGCCAUUUUUUCCGUCGGGGUUGAAACCCGAUCCUCUAGAUCCGUCAAAGCAGAUUCUAACGGGCCGCGGUUCCUGUGACACGAAGUCCCUGUUGGCAGCCAUGCUCUUGGCAGUGCAGUCGCCCAUGCUCGCGGCAUUGAAGGAGAAAAUAGGUUUCAUUUUCGUCGUUUCAGAAGAGACGACGCAUCAGGGCAUGAAGCGCGCAAAUGCUCUGAAUCUGCAACCGAAAUUUCUGAUAGUGGGCGAGCCCACUGCUGCACGAGUCAUGCGCUUCCAGAAAGGUAUUCUAAAGCUGCGGAUAACUUGUCGCGGAGUGGCAGCACACUCGGCUAUGGGAAUGGAUUGAAAUCUCAUAUUUCAAUGGUACUAUUCUAGAAGAACGGGGUUUCCUUCGGUCAAAGUAUCACAACAUUUUUCAUAUUUUGCGAUAACGAUUUCCGAAAGUAGAAUGUAUCCUUAGUUUUCCAAACAACAAGCAUGAUGAUCAACCAACAUGCCUCCCACAAGUUGGCUUCGCAUUGUUUAGCACGCUUUCCUCGCGAUAUUAGCGAGGAAGGCGUGCGAUAUUAGCGUUGUUUAGCACGUCUUUCCUCGCGCUUUCACGAAACAAGUUUCAUGCGAUGCUACCCGCACCUUGGAGUCUCUGCCGUUGGUUUGCUUUUAGACGUCCUGGAGCGCAUCCGCAAAGCGCCCUAUCCACGCGACGACCUGAUCGGGGAAACGGAUCUCAACGUCGGCUUCAUAGAAGGCGGACAAGCUAUCAACGCCUUAGCAGAACAUGCGUCCGCCAUGCUCAUGUUCCGUCUGGUGUCCGAGCCGAAAGUCGUCCACGACAUUGUGUCGGCGAUACUGCGCGAGUUGAACGAAAGUGUCAAGUUCGACAAGGGGAAGAAGGGAGUGGAAGAUAGAAUUUUACGACCUCGACUUCUUGAAAGGGACACAUGAUGCGUUUGAUUUUUUGAUCCCUUAUGAGAUUUUAGUGGUCGUACUGUUUGUCCACCGCAGUACACUUUUCCCGCGCUUGAUCAGAUCCAUACAAUAGUUGUAAUUGACGAGUUUUCAUCGUCUAACGUCUUACCUCGAGCUGAUCACGCAGAACGCCCCUGUGGACCUGACUCAUGUAGACAAGUUUCUCGAUAAGUCACGAUGGAAUUUUGGUACCGCGUGUUUCAAUACCGAUAUCCCGUAUUUUAAAUCCUCAGUGGGGACAAAGUCCUUCCUUUAUUAAGGCUACCACUGAAGGCAGCAUCCUCCACGUCAUCCUUGGUCCUUUUUUUACUUGAAAAGCUGACCAAGGAUGCAGUCAGGGAUGCUAACGGGGUCGCUCUAACUUUGCGGCCACGGCGAUAUUUGUGACGCCCACUGUCCACGCGAAUACAUCGGUGUGGACGACUUGCGAUCCUGCGUCGGCGCUUACGCUCGAAUGGCCAAGGAGCUUCUGGAGAGUGGGAGCGGCGCGAGCAAGCUGUAGUAUAAUUUCGUUUUAUUGUUUUUACCUGUUCGUUGGUUUUGAAGCAGCCAGAUGCUAAUAUCUCGAAAGCAAAGCUGACAGGAUUGCGUUUGCACAAUCAGUGAUGAUGAGCCAUCUAACGGCUGCUAUUGUGGUAAAUACGUCUCCUGACAGGUCGAACGAAGUGGCACAGCCACCUGCCGCGAAACGGGUUAAAAGAUGAACAGUGCCUCAGCAUAGAACUCAAUUGGCGUCGGUCACCAAAGUUCAUGAGGUAGUGACCACGCAAUUAUCUUCAUUUUGUUAAUUAUCGCUGGGUGCAUUUUCCUUCGAUGGAUAUGAGGGGUGGAGAGGCUUGCAUGUGGACUCGUCAUCGCUGAAGAUCUUCGUUCUUCUUCCAGGAAUGUAACGACUUUUGCGAAUGCACUCCAUUUUUUCAAAGGAUCACAGGCGCGUGGUGAAAACUACGCAGCGCGAAAGCGAUUAACUUUUUUUGCUGCCAGGAUGAGACAUAUCUGAAUUUUUGAUGAUUUUUGUUGACGCAGUGUAUUAUAAAGGCCCAACGGAUGGAACGAAUUGUUACGUGCAUGAAGAGGCGGAGUUUGCAGCUGAU